GGGGGGGCCCGAGGCCCUGCGGGCCGGCCCGGGCUGCGCUUUUCCCCUGCGGGCCGCAGCCGUCAGGCGGCUCCUACCCUGCCCCGGCGGAGCCCGCUGCGUAUCGGGCGGCUGGAGCCGCCGGCGGGCGUAGCCGGGGCCGGGGCGGUGGCCCGCGGGCAGGGUCACGGCGCAGCGCUGCCCUCGGGCCGGAUGCGGGUGGCUCCAUACCCCGGCUCUGCUUCCCCGCCCCGUGGCCGGCAGCGCUGCCCGCUCCCCCGGGGCAUCGCGCCGGCCCGGCAGUGCCUCCCCUCGCCCUCCAGCCUGGGCAGCGCCGCCACCGCCGCCUCCUCACCCGUGCAGCCAUGUUCCUCCUCGUCCUCCGCUCGGCCGGGUCCCCGCUCGUGUGAGGGAUGGUCCAAAACCAGCUGCCUUGGACCUAAACCCCUUGCGUGGAUGUGUCUGCUUGGGUGGAGCUGCUUCUCUCUUCCUACAUCUAACACUCUGUCCCCCUCCAACGUGGCUACAGGGGGCUGUCAGACCCUCCUCUUCUGCAGGUCCUGAGAUCGGGAACAACCUUCCUGCAGGCUUCAGCUAAACCAGCUCUCACGGAGUAUCUCUGCUCAGCGUGCUUGGUUCAUGCGUCUGUGCCCAUUAAACUGAAAGGAGCAGGAAAAAAGGCCAAGGUAGUUUUAGGCAGUGUAUGCAUGGGGAUCCCAAAGUAGCAUUUGACACUCUGUACCAAAGAAAUGGUGAUGGAGAAGCCAAGUCCCCUGCUUGUAGGGCGGGAGUUUGUGAGGCAGUAUUACACUUUGCUAAAUAAAGCUCCUGACUUCUUGCACAGGUUUUAUGGCAGGAAUUCCUCUUAUGUCCAUGGUGGACUGGAUGCCAGUGGGAAGCCCCAGGAAGCAGUGUAUGGCCAAGCUGAGAUUCAUAAGAAGGUGAUGUCCCUACAGUUCAGUGAAUGUCACACUAAGAUUCGUCAUGUUGAUGCACAUGCAACCUUGAGUGAUGGUGUAGUCGUGCAGGUCAUGGGGGAACUGUCUAACAAUGGGCAACCAAUGAGGAAGUUUAUGCAAACCUUUGUUCUGGCUCCAGAAGGAUCUGUUCCAAAUAAGUUCUAUGUCCAUAAUGAUAUAUUCCGCUAUGAAGAUGAAGUAUUUGGAGACUCUGAGGCUGAACUUGAUGAAGAAUCGGAAGAAGAGGUUGAAGAGGAGCAGGAAGAAAGGCAGCCAUCCCCUGAGCAAGUGCAAGAGAAUACAAGCAGUACAUACUAUGAAAGCCACCCUGUAACUAAUGGAAUGGAGGAGCCUUUGGAAGAAUCGUCUCAUGAGCCUGAGCCAGAGUUGGAAUCUGAAACAAAAACAGAGGAGCUGAAAUCUGAAGUAGAAGAAAAGAAUCUUGAAGAGCUAGAAGAAAAAUCUCCAUCCCCACCUCCUGUAGAACUUGUUUCUCUACCACAAGAACCUCCAAAGGCUUUCUCUUGGGCUUCAGUGACCAGUAAAAACCUGCCUCCUAGUGGUACUGUUUCUUCCUCUGGAAUUCCACCCCAUGUUAAAGCACCAGUCUCACAGCCAAGAGUUGAAACUAAACCUGAAGCUCAGUCUCAGCCACCCCGUGUGCGUGAACAGCGUCCAAGGGAGCGACCGGGUUUUCCACCCAGGGGACCAAGACCAGGUCGAGGGGAUAUGGAGCAGAAUGAAUCUGAUAAUCGCCGGAUAAUUCGUUACCCAGACAGCCAUCAGCUCUUUGUUGGCAACUUGCCACAUGAUAUUGAUGAAAAUGAACUGAAAGAAUUCUUUAUGAGCUUUGGAAACGUGGUGGAACUUCGCAUCAAUACCAAAGGAGUUGGAGGAAAACUACCAAACUUUGGCUUUGUGGUAUUUGAUGACUCUGAGCCAGUUCAGAGAAUCUUAGUUGCGAAACCCAUUAUGUUUCGAGGAGAGGUGCGCUUGAAUGUAGAAGAGAAAAAAACAAGAGCUGCCCGUGAAAGAGAGACCCGAGGCGGUGGUGAUGAUCGUAGGGAUAUUCGGCGCAAUGAUAGAGGGCCCGGGGGUCCCCGUGGAAUAGUGGGUGGUGGAAUGAUGCGGGACCGUGAUGGAAGAGGACCUCCUCCCCGGGGUGGCAUGGCACAGAAACUUGGCUCUGGAAGAGGAACCGGGCAAAUGGAAGGCCGUUUCACAGGACAACGUCGUUGAAAUCCUCCACUGUUGGCAGACAGUCUUGGCAGUGGUACAUUAUUCGUCGUGUUUGCAUUCUUGUUAAUUUUUUUGGCUUUGGAAUGUGACACAGCCUUUUUGAUCAUUUCUUUGAUGUGAAAAGCAUCCUUUGGUUACCAGUUAAAUUGAGGUGGACAUGCUUUCCCAAAUUUCACAACAGGAGUCACACUGUUAAUUUAUAAAUUUAGACUUGGAGAAUUAAGGACAGAGAAAUGACCAUAAAACUAUCUGCAACAAAAGUGGACUAAAGGACAUGCCCAAUCGAAUUCAGGUCCUUUCAGUCAAAAACCCUCUGCUGCACAUUUUGUGUAAGUGUUACUGUUUCUGCUUAUUACUGUUGGAAACGCAGUUAGUGCAAUCUGUGCAAUUGGAGAAGCUUGCCUUUUUUUCUUUUAGAACACUUGGCUCAAAACAAACUAACUUGUGUUUAUGCACUCAUCAAAAUGCACUAAUGGGUACUCUAAACUCAUUUACAUUGACAUCUACAAGAGGCAUCAGGAAAAAAAUCCUUCAUCUUUUUUCAGACAGAAUAGCUUUUGAAACGAUGCGGGCAUCUGAUCUGCUUGCUGUGACCAACAUGUACACACACAAACCUUAACAAGACUACAAGUAUAUUCCAGAAGGAAACCAUUUAGUGGUAAACUAAACAUAAUCCAGAACUUCAAAGUUAUGGUCCUGAGUACAAAACAAGUUUGAUAGCUCAUAUCUAAGAUUUUUCUAUCUGCCCCUCUUCAAUACAGGGAUGGCUGGCUGCUCAACACACUCCUCCUCCCCUUUUCCCCUUCUUUAAGCGUUGUACAGUGAAUUGUCUUUACUGUAUUUGAGUUCUCUAGUAAUGUAAUAAGCAUGAUGGUGCCUUCUAUUAAUACAUCAUUCCAGUCUUGCUGGUGAUUUUGUACAGUAUAGUGUAUGAAUUGCAGUGCUGCAAAGCCGAACAGCUGCAAAAUGUUUAAAAGAAAUCAUUGAAAAGUUGUAUAAAAAAUUGCAGUAUCUUUAAAUCAGUAAGUUACUAGAAUAUCACUCACCUCGCUCUUCAAUUAACAACUUUGGCUUUUUAUGGAGGAGGGGAAGGGAGGGAGAAGGCAACUGAGUAGUCUCCGGAUUGUCUUUUCUCUAUCAAAUGUAGAAUUUUUAUGGAUAUGAAGGUGAAAUUUCAGUUACAUUUCAAAAGUCAGCUAAGAACUUGGUACGCUUUGCCAACUUCUAAAGUAUGCUCAUCUGUAGAUUGAGGGUAAGCUUGUUAAAUGACGAUACUGCAAUUUUCAGAGAACAGAUCAGCAGCUCUAAGUAUUUGCAUUUUCCAGUUUUUUGAACUUACUCAUUUUGCACAAAUCUUUGAACUGAUGUCGACACCCAUCAGGCUCUGAACUUGAGGGUAGGGGGAGACAUCCUUUUAUGUAUUUUUACUUAUAGAUUCUUUAAAUCUGUGAGAGGUUUGCUAUUUCCGGAUUACUGUCUGCCUAGAUGCACGUUCCAGUAAACUGCAAAUGUAGCAAACGAUACUGUCUAACUCAGUGCUGGAGAGUUCAGCAAGCACCAAGCUCUGAUGCUUCAGGAGGGAGGGGGGAGAGUGUGACCACUUAAAAGCUGCUUCUAAGCAUGGAAGACCUCAUCACAUUGCAACUAGUAGCAAAUAUGGCAUAGUAGCAGUUUGUUUCGGGAUUGUGCAACUGUUUAUGGUUUUCAAAUAAGCUGGAAGACGUUGCACAUGUUUGUUUCUGAUGUAUUAGGCAAAGCAAGAUUGCAUCUGACUGUUUUUCCCCCAAAACUUGAGGUCUUCCAUGUUUGAUGGUAAGUCUUGCACUAUUUCCAUACAUUUUCUGGGACAUAUUGCUCAGUUUCCAUUUUUAUAUUUUAGUUUGUUACUCUUGCAUUUUCAGAUGUUACCUGGAAACAUAGUACUUGAACUCCUCACCACAAAACAUAACUUGACUUAAGUUUGAAGCUUUUAGUCAAACUGCUGUCUUCAGUAAACGGUUUACCACCAGUGUUUGUGUAGCUUUUUUUAAAAUUUUCGUGCUAUAUCGCCCUGCCAUCUUCUAAAUCGUUAUGGCAAAUGGCACGGGGAAAAGUCACAAAAGUGUAACUGACAUUUAGAAGAGCUACUGAGCCAUUCAGUUUCUGGCUUGCUUCUUGUUUAAAUGCCAUGAAAUAAAGAUAAUGGAACAUCAUACCCAGAAGUUUACAUGGUGAUUGUUCACCUACUGUACUGUGGACUCUUAAUGUUCUUGUCCCUCUUUCAGUAAAUGUACCUCUUAAAGCAAAGUAACGGAUUCAUUGACCAUUACUGUUAGUUGCUGAUUUGUGGAUGGUGGUAGUAUUCUAUCAUUACAAUCCUAUUUCAACAAACUUGGCUUGCCGUCUUGGCUUUAGUAGGUAUAAAAGACAGUGGAUUACCAUCUUUAUUGCUGUAAUGUGUUAAGCAUUAUAUGCUAGUAGAAUCUAGUUAAUUGUUGCAGGUGGAAAGUAUUUUUACUUUUAAGUUUCCAUUCUUGAAUGUGUUUUGACUAAACAUACCAAUAAACUACUGAUGUCUGCAGCAUUUAUCACUGUCCCUAAUUCUCUCUUGAAUGUAGGUCUCUUCUGGUGUAGCAUUAUUUCAGACCUUACUAUGUAAAAGCCAAUUUAAAAAAAAUGCAUUCCUCAAAGUGAUAUAGGAUCAAAAGCUACUCCCCUUACUUGCAUGUUAUAUGCUUCAGUAGAAACUACUCACCUAAGUAAAGCAAUUUUUAUAUAAAGCAUAUAUAUAUAUAUAUA